GUUGCUAAGAUUCUUCUGGCCAACAAAGCAGAUACGGCGCUACAGAACAAAGUGGGGGAGACUGCACUCCACCGAGCAGCCGCACUAAAUCACACGGACAUGGCAAAGCUUUUGCUCGGCAAUGGGGCGGAUGUGUCUGCCAGGGAUAACAACGGCAACACAUGCAU